AUGCGACUGGGGCAAUUGACAUCGCGCGCAUCGACGGAUAUCCAUUUCCACCGCGGCAAUGUCCUGGGAAAUGGCAGUGAUGGUUCAACACCAUCUAUUGACUCAAUCCUCCAACCAUAUUAUUCGGAAGCAGAUUCUUCGCCCGCAGACCAAACCAACGGCUGUGAUCUCUUGAUAUCAAACCCACCUUACAUAUCUCCACAUGAAUUCGGCAACGGAACUACUGCACGCAGUGUACGGCUCUUUGAGCCCAAGCUAGCACUUGUUCCUCCAUCCUUGGUGACCGGGGAAGAAAGUGACAGGCCGGAGGAUAUUUUCUAUUACCAUAUUCUUGCUUUGUCGUUUAAGCUGAGGGCUAAAGUUACCGUCUUAGAGUGUGGAGACAUGGGCCAAGCUAAGCGAAUUGUUUCUCUUCAUGAUACACUUGCCUCUAGGGAGUUGGGUCAAUUCAGGGCAGAGAUCUGGCCAAGUAGUGAGCGUGACCUGACUGAGAAUGGGUUCCACGCGACUGAUGGUUCGCGGGCUGUGAUUAUUCGGAGACUGUCCUAG